UCUCUGUUUUAAGCUCCAAUGUAACAUAUUUCCCACAGGCCAUGAAGGCAGCGUGGGUUCUGGGCUGGACAGGAAACGACGGAGAGGCGCAGCGUGUCUCCUCCUCAGCAGCUCCGGGAGAGAAGAAUGGGAAAAGGGAAUGGGAUUGUAUAUGUAGACGAGGCAACGCGUGAAAACAUGAGGACGACGGGCAGUUUUUAAGUAGCUUUUUAUUUUUAAAAAAACCCCAUAUCUAUCAGCAGGAGUUCCUCUUCUUUUCCCUGAGGAGGAGUGAGAUUUGCUCCCAUUGGAAAACACAGGAGGAGGAGGAGAGGAGCCUCUUUGUGACUCCCAUUUGACUGGGAUAAAAGCCCAGUGACGGAGUGGAGUGGUGGUUUCAUCUGACCUUUAACCUCAGUAGGAGGAAGGGAAAGCCACUUCAGAGAUGGAGCAGGUAUCAGAUGACGAGCUCGACCAUGGAGCGGAGGAGGACAGUGAUAAGGAGGACCAGGACCUGGACAAGAUGUUUGGCGCCUGGCUGGGAGAGCUGGACAAGCUCACACAGAGUUUGGAUGAUGGCAGGCCCCAGAAAGCAAUGCAGAAGCCUCCACUUAGGCAGGAAACAAACAUGGCCAACUUCUCCUACCGCUUCUCGAUGUACAACAUCAACGAGGCGUUGAACCAGGGAGACACGGUGGACUUGGAUGCCCUCAUGGCUGACUUGUGCUCCAUCGAACAGGAGCUCAAUACCAUUUCCAAACCAAACUCUACAUCUCGUGGCCAAAGCAAGCGGGGCCCUGGGGGACGCAGUGCCAGUGCCAAGCACACAGGCACCAGCGGAGGUGGAAGCAGUGGAGGAAGCACCAGUAGCAGCACACGGGCAUCGCCGGCCAACACGGUGCGAGGCGGCAGCGUCAAUGCCCGCCCCGCAGCCUCCAACAUUUCCUUGGAUGACAUCACCUCUCAGCUGGAGAAGGCCUCUCUCAGCAUGGACGAAGCGGCUCGCCAGACCUCCUCCUCUUCCUCCUCCUCCUCGUCUUCUUACUCCUCCACCACGCUCCGGCGGCCUUCGUCUGGCUCGUCCGGCGGCGGGCAGCAGCACAGGAGGACGGGCUCAGUCGGUGCCGUCAGCGAGCAGGAAGCUCCGUCCCAGCGGUCCAGUGUAAACUCAGCAUGUGCCUCAGCGUCCAGCAUGGACUCCCUGGACAUUGAUAAAGUGAUGACGGGAGGAGAGGCGGAGGACAGGAGCAGCCCGAGCACACAAGGACAAAGCCAGACCAGCACGGAGCAUGUCACACUGCGACGGGCCAACGGUAAGACAGCCAGACGGCAGCUUGACUUUGCCUCACGAGAGGGUGAAGUGGAUCGGGCCACUCACUCCUAUCUGGACCGAGAAACCUCGCUCAUUCUGAAAAGCAUAGCUGGAAAGCCUUCUCACCUCCUGACCAAGGAGGAACAAGCUGCCAAAUUGAAGGCAGAGAAGAUCCGAGUCGCCCUGGAAAAAAUCAAAGAGGCACAGGUCAAAAAGCUGGUGAUCAGGGUCCACAUGUCAGACGAGAGCUCCAAGACCAUGAUGGUGGAUGAGAGGCAGACAGUCAGGCAGGUGCUGGACAGCCUGCUGGAUAAGUCGCACUGUGGCUACAGCCCAGACUGGUCUCUUGUGGAAACCAUCACUGAGCUACAGAUGGAGCGCAUUUUCGAGGAUCACGAGAACUUGGUGGAGAAUCUAUUAAACUGGACACGAGACAGCCACAACAAGCUUAUGUUCAUUGAACGCAUCGAGAAAUAUGCUCUGUUCAAGAACCCUCAGAACUAUUUGUUGGGGCGGAAGGAAACAUCAGAAAUGGCUGACCGGAAUAAAGAGGCUUUAUUAGAGGAGUGUUUCUGUGGCGGCUCAGUGUCCGUGCCAGAGAUCGAAGGCAUCCUGUGGCUGAAGGAAGAUGGGAAGAAGUCAUGGAAGAAACGUUACUUCCUCCUCAGGGCUUCAGGGAUCUACUAUGUCCCAAAAGGCAAAGCCAAGGCGUCCAGAGAUCUCGUGUGCUUCCUGCAGUUGGAUCAUGUUAACGUGUAUUACGGCCAGGACUACCGCAGCAAAUACAAGGCUCCCACUGACUACUGCCUGGCCCUGAAGCAUCCACAAAUCCAGAAGAAGUCACAGUACAUCAAGUAUUUGUGCUGUGAUGAUGUCAGGACCCUGCACCAAUGGGUGAAUGGAAUUCGCAUCGCUAAGUAUGGAAAGCAGCUAUACGUGAACUACCAGGAGGCCAUGAAGAGGACAGAGGCGGCCUACGAUUGGUCCUCUCUCUCUACUUCCAGCAUCCGAUCAGGCUCCAGCUCCGCCAGCAUACCUGAGUCCCAGUCUAAUCAUUCAGGCCAUUCAGACAGUGGAGUGGACACAGGCUCCUCUCAUGGCCGGUCCCAGAGUGUAGUGAGCUCCAUUUUCUCUGAGGCCUGGAAGAGAGGUACCCAGAUAGAGGAAAGCUCCAAGCAUAUGAGAAUGGAGGCAUCCAGAGGGGCCACCCUGCCUCAUGCUUCCCACAGUCACCGGCAUCACAGCCAGCAUUCAGUUGAUCACCCUGCGCUGACGCCCCCUCCCCAGCCUCAGGUGCAGCCUCACCCCCAGCCCCAUCAACAGCACCCGCCACAGCCGCAGCACCCAUCAAUGCAGCCCCAGACACUGGCCCAGCCGCAACACCAGCACCUGCCUCCCCAGCCUCAGUCUCCUCAACAGGCCCCACAACCACCGCCACCCCCACCACCACCACAGUCGCCCGAGCGCCCUCAACCACAGCCGCAGUCACCACAACAGCAGCUGCCACCACCCAUCAGCAACUACAAUGACAUGCCCCCACAACAACAACAGCAGCAGCAGCAGCAGCAGCAACAGCAGCAAGAACAGCCAGCUCCUCCUCCCCCACCUCCUCCGCCUCCUCCCCCUCCACCCCCACCCCCAGUCCAAACUGUGUCACACCACUCGCCAGCUCCCACCAUGUACAAGUUCAGCACCAUCACCAGGCUGCAGAACCAGAAGGCCUCCCAGGCUGCCAACCACAAGUUACCCAGUCAUCUCUAUGCAACAGCUCACCAAGUUCUACCCCCAGUUCCGACACCGCCUGCAGCACAGGCACCCAUCAAACCCAAUGUGAACCACAUUGCAGCAAGGACUAAUGUCCCGCCUCCCCCUCCACCUCCUCCUCCCCCGCCACCAUCCAUGCCAACCCCUGGGUCAGCCAUGGCUGUGUUGAAGCUGGGCCCUCCCAGCCCAGCUACCCCACCUGCCUUCACCCCUCCGCCCCCAGGUCCUCCACCUGCUCCACAGACCAAUGGACUAGCAUUUCCUCCCCCUCCUCCCCCUCCACCCCCUCCUGCCCCAACUCCUAUGAGCCAGCCUGUUUACCCCAACGGGCUGAAGCAGGCACUGAAGGAGAGGUUUCCCAGCCCGCCACGGGACCUGCUGACUCCAGAUGGAGGCCUUGAGGAGUCCCCACCACCUGCCCCAGCUCCACCACCCCCACCUCCUCCACCUCCACCUCCGCCACCACCUCCUCCUCCACCCCAGCAGUUCCCAGUGCCAGCCCAGUUCCCACCUCCUCCUGGACCCCCUCCAGCGCCACCUAAGUCCUUCACCCCAGGCUUUGUUCCUCCUACCGCCCUCAAACCCAUGUCGCCAGUCACCCCCUUCCCACCCGCCCCGCCUCCUGCAGCCCUGGGUGGCCCACCACCACCCCCACCCCCUCCUCCACCUGCACCCCUCAAGAAGCAAUUCAGCCUCCAGGCAGGCCACACCUCCAGCCAGCCCCCUCCGACUCUACCCAAGCAGCACAGCCUGUCUAAGCCACCGCCCAUUUCCACGGGAGCUGCUCCUACCAUGUCUUUGGUGAAACAACUAGCAAGUCAGUUUCCAGGAGCUUCAUCCCAAGUAGCCAGUCACACAGAGAGCCCCAAAGCCCCCCUCUCCCCACCUGCAGUCAAGACCAAACCAAAAUGGCAGCCUGGGGGUGGCCAGCAGCUACACUCUCCAGAGUUCCCUCCUCCUCCUCCAGACAGCGGUGCUGGCUUCCCUGCUCCUCCUCCUCCUCCACCACCUCCCCCAGCCCCAGUCACCGGCCCAACUCCACCUCCUCCUCCCCUCCCUCCUGGUAACCUGGGCUCCCCCACAAGGAGGUCACCCUCUGGUCCCUCCAGUUGGGGAGGUAAGAAGCCUCCUCCCACCCCCCAGAGGAACUCCAGCAUCAAGGCCGACUCCUCAGCCUCCUAUGAGGAAUCAAGAAGGAACUUGCUCAGCAAGUUUGCUCCCCAGAGCAGCACCCCUCCUUCCCCCCCGUGUCCAAUCUCCUCGUCCUCUGGAUCCCCAUCCAAGGACCCCUCGGCUGGACCCCCUGCUCCCCCAAAACCGGGUAAGCUCAACCUGUCCAACCUGCCCUUGGCACUCCAGGCCAAAGUGAGCCAGGCGAAGCAAUCCAGUGGCGACUUCCCUUCCCCACCACCUGAGUGCGCCUACUUCCCUCCUCCUCCCCCAGCCUCUGAGCUCUUCCCCCCUCCUCCACCUCCUGGUAAUGACGCUCCUAGUGGAGGACCUCCUAGGGUAGCUGUGGUCAACCCCCAGCCCCAGGCUCCCCCACCUCCUCCCCCUGUCUCCCUUGUCAGCAACUCUUCCUGGGGCAAGAGCUCACUAAAAAAGACUCCUCCACCCACACUCGUGCGGCGUAGCAACACCACCCCGGAGCCCCCUCCACUCUCGCCACCACCUCAGCUCCCUCCACCCACCUCUCCUAAGGGCAGCUCAGGCCAGCCCAACUUCUUGGAGGACCUCAACCGGACUCUGAAGCGAAAGUCAGUGGGUCGCCAGGGUUCUGUCAACUCCGCAGGCCUCUCUGCGGGGACUAUGGACGACAUGGCGCUGCCUCCGCCGCCCCCUGAGCUACUCGUGGACCAGGGAAAGCAGAGCAAUGGAGGAAAUGGUGGCUACAUGUCCGGAAACAUCUCAGGCUAUGCAACACUACGACGAGGACCCCCGCCUGCACCACCAAAACGGGGGGAUGCCACCAAACUUACUGGAGAGUGUUGAAAUUGGAGAACAGGACUUUAUGAAGGUGGAUGAAAAGACAAUGAAAGAAUAUAUGGAAGUGAACAUUCAUUAGUGAAAUGGGAGCGAAGUCCUAUUGGGAUUACAAUGAUAAAUAGAUGAUUGUGUAUAUACGAAAAGCCAAACCAGAUCAUGGUCAAUUAGUGUUUGCAUAUUAUUGCAUUUUUAACAUGCUUGGCAUUCUAGAUCAGUGGGGUUUAACAACAUUGGGACAAUUUUGACUGGAGCAGGCAAGUUUGAGGUCACAGAAUAGUGCUUUUCUUCUCUGUGAUUGUCUAAACUCUCUGGAACACAUUUUUAUUGCCCUGUAUGAUAAACCUCGCCCAUCUGGUACACCAAGCCAACUUAAAUAAACACUAAUAAGAAAUGUGCAAAUAUUACUGGAUCCAGGUCUGAGCCAAACCAUGUAUCCGCUUCUUUGCCAUAAGUUUGUGCCACGUACUGGAGACAAAAAAAAACAAAACAAAAUCACAUCAGGAUCUUUCUGCUUUGGUACUGCAUGGACCUCAUGUAACAACAAGCUGUAAAACAUGAAGCUGUUCUGGUGUGUGUGCAUGUGUGUGAGAGAGAGAGAGAGAGAGAGAGAGAGAGACUGAAUAUGCAUACAUGCAUUGUGUGUAUGAUCAUAUGGCGGUGAAGUUGUUAAACAGUAGGGAAGGCCUGCGUGGAACGAAGAUUGUUAGGUUUGCUUUUAUAUAAAAUUAUUUAAUGAUUGAUAAACGGAAGGAUUUUUUUUAUAAGUCUGUCUUUUAAUAGCAGGUCAACAAAGUCUAGAGAGGAACAAAACAACAUUAGGGCACAAUGGAAUGUAUAUGGGAAGGCAUGUUGGAAAACAUUAUGAAUUACACACAUGAAGGCAAUUAUUCAGUAAUAUAAAACACUCAAAAUCUGCUACAAAUUGUGCUGAAAUCUGUUGUCUUAAGCAUUUCUAGACUGUCUCACCACUUGGCAAAAGCAAAUCAGAAGGAAGCCUUAUUCCCAAAGUCUUGCACAGAGGUCAAAGCAGAAGGAGAUUUCUUCCAAAGGCUCUGCAAAGUCUGGACUGUGCAACUGAGAAAAAAAAGCUACACUUUGUUUUUUUUUUAAUUUAAUGUAAAGCUUGCAAUGGACUUCUGUAAAAGGAACGGGAGGGGGGGAGGGGAGGCCUGUGGUGGUGUAUCUUCGUGGACUUUGUGAGUUCCCCUGUGCGUUGGCUUGAUUUCUUUGGACCUGAUCCUUCUAUCUGUACAGUUGCAGCUGCUACUCCCUUACCGUUUGCCCCCGCCGCCUUCUUAAGUCACAUGGUAUCACAAUCCAUGAAGUAGAAUGUACAAAUUGCAUUCAGCCAUGUGAAUUAUAAUCAUCUCGCUUUACACAAGGUGACCCUGUCGAAAAACUAUCCGGUUAAUGUACAGAGCAUUAAAUCAUGUAGUCAAUAACAGAAAUCAUGUGACUGGCAUUAGACUGAAUGUUGCUUUCAACUCUGUGUCUAGCGUAUCUUGUUUCUUCAUGGUGCCAAUACUGCUUCAGCCCUUACCGCACAGGGACUAAAGUUAUCUCCAGAUUUGGUAUCGACAGAGUGGAUCAUGAAGGGUUUUUUAAUUUCGAGCAGCAAUGCCUUUGUUUUUUUAGGGUGCUAGCGCUGUCCUUCAAGAAACUCAUUCUCACCAUGUCCUUGUGUAUCAGGAUGUCAUAUCAUUAAUAUUUCCGACCAUUUCAACUGGUUUUUAAAUUGGAUUUAUGUGUGCUGUCGAAAUGGUUUACAUGAUAGAGUUCAGAGGAGAGCAUUAUAUCUAGUGAGCUUAUCAUGAAGAAACUUCACAGGUAUUGGUGGAUCCCAUACAAGGCCUGUUUAACAUGCUAUUCUUUUGUCUUCUCGAAGGUAGUGUACCAUUUCUUAAAACUGAAUAUCAUCGUCCUCAACAGGAUGUUUGCUACAGUACAGUAUGUAAGUUAUUGAUGUGCUGAUGUGAACAUGUGGGGCCAAAUGAAAUGAAGACAAACGGUUGCAGAUAGAGUAAAUGUGUCCUCUUGCAUAUAAACUGAAAAUCACAAUAUAAAUGUUCAAACCAGA